UUUGCAUUUAAAACACUUUCGAUUUUCUUAGAACUUCUAUUACAUUGUUCUAUUACAUUGUUCUAUUACAUUGUUCUAUUACACUCUUCUAUUACAUUCUUCUAUUACAUUCUUCUAUUACAUAGGCUGCGCGAGAAAUUAUUCGAUAGAGGUGAUAAGUUUUUAAAACCUUACAUUUAAACAUGCAGCUCGUUCAUAUUUUGAUUUCUCUCAUGUGUGGAUCUAUUUACGAAAAUAUUCCGCCGGGUACUUCAGGUCAACAGAUUCUGGGCUACAAUUUGGCGGUCCGGUACGGUUCCUGCUCUACGCCCGACGUGGCUAUGGAGGGUGACGCUCUGCUGCUCACCGUCUUGGUCUACACCUACCGCGUCAAUCUGACAUCCAACUGGAGGUUCGUCUCCAACAUCACAAUGAAUGGCGAAAUAUUCACUCCGUUUGCCAUGACGACGAACAUCCAUUGCUACGGCUUGAUUCUGGUGGACGCUCUAGGCAUAGACCAGACGUACGACGUCUCGUGUAGCCAGGACGAGACGUACAUGUACUUCUACGUCAACCGGGCGGCCAACCUGUACUACAGGGGCAAGAGCAUGAUUCACAGCUUCAAGACCGCGCACGGGGAAACCACGUCGUUAGAACACACAUUUCUUAAAAUCGUUGAGUCGAGCAACGAGAGGUUAAUUGUGAACGGCCUCGACUUGGACGCUCACGAGCCCUUGGUGUUCUUCAUGCCGUACAAACCCAUCAAUUUUACCUACUGCGUCUACUACAUCGGCACCACGUACAUGUCCUUGGCCUUCAACGGCACCAAGAUCACCGUCAACGCCAACUGCACCUACAUCUUUUUCAACACCACCAUGGACACGACGGGGAUGGGGAUAUUCGUCCGGUCGGACGAGAAACACGGACCGUGCCUGCGCCUGGUCACCAGGUACUACGUCAUGGUGAUCGAUCGUUCGUACAUACCGGAAGGGGAAAUGGGUAGCUCGGCAUCGACGGCGAGCCAUUCACCAUCUUUAUCAUCACCACCUGACACGUACAGUGAUACGAAUAACUACUAUGAGCCAGAUGACUACCUUUGAGCCAUGAUCAAGAAGCUGCCUCGUCACUAUUUUUAUCUUGUAAUAAAGCCGGAAAUUUUCCGUGGAGUGUUUCUUCUUCCCAUUGGUGAAUCUCCUGCACUGUGUUGUCGAACACAAUAUAAGCAUUUGUAUUAUUCAGAUUUAGGGGAGUUGCUUCAGAGUCGUAUCUGCUUAGAAAAGAAACUUAGUUCAUGGCUGGAGGCGUGGAGUGUCGGUCGUAUUUUUGUAACUUGCAUCUUACACAUUAUUAUUAUUAUGAUUUUGGAAAUGAAUUAAUUUUCAUUCUCUGGCACUGCCAGGCUCGAGCUUCGUUAAAGGAUAACAAAAUUCGUUGUAGUCCCCCCUUAGCAAUGUCCACUUGGAUUUCUGCUGAUGUGGCAGGUCUGCAGCAAUACUGCCCUUUUGACAGGUAAUAGGGAUCCUCUUAGGAAUGCUAAAGGUUCCGACUAAACUCGUGAGGUCAGUUGUCAUUAUCUCUUCGGAUGAUAGAACACUAGGAUGUAUUGUUACUCUAGAGACAGCUUCCAGAGUCGCUCAAGCUCCAAAAUUGGAUUUUCCCAUUUUCCUCGUUUUUUUUUUCUCAUUUCAGUUUUCCUUCUAUUGUGGGUCAGUGGUACGGCGAUCUAAUUAUUAUGUUUAUUAUGUAUAUUAUUAUUAUUGUUGUCAUCACCUUUUUAAAAAAAAAUAAACUU